AUGGUCGCUUUCAAGAUCGUUUUGUUUCUGGCUGUCGGUACGUUAUGUACGAACCAACAGGAGAAUUUCUUUCAAGAAAACCGUCGCCUGUCUAAAGCUAUAGUAGAAGCGAUGCAGGACUCGCAUUUCGACCAAGAACUACUCUUCGAUCUGAAGAAAGAAAAUCAAGUUUAUUUAAACCGAACGAUGUCCCUUGUUAUAAAAUAUAUUGUUAAAAGGGAAGUUGAUAAUUACCGGUCGCGUCGUACGGAUGCCAUCAGCCGCAGGGUGUACUCCUCGCUCGUCAUGAAGCUUAUUGACAUCGCCAAGGAUCUUCCUCGUAACACGAGCGCCGCCAGUCGUAUUGACACAGCUCAUCGAUACUACAUGUCUGUGGAGUCACGCGACAUGCAUGACCAGAUGGCAGACGUGCAGGUCUUCCACGCUUGUGCCAGGCUCUAUGACGUCAUGUUCACUGCUCCCAGAAUCAUCGCUGAAUUGGGUGUCUUGGAAGACUUAACUCCUAGAAGCCUAUUGAAAAAACUCAGAGAAUUGGAAAUCAAGCCUGUACACCUUGGUGUCGCGUUGCUCAUUCAGUACCACCUUCGAAGCACCAUAAACUUCGCGAUACGCUCCAAUGCAUUAGAAGUUCUGUCUACCAAGCCUCAAAUGGUUGGACCUCAAGUCAUAGACAUGCUGAAGGCUAUAGCAGCAAGGUUACUCCCCGUGGCCGAACUAUUAGAUAUACACUUGGCACACUCCAGUCCAGCCUUCAAGGAUACUUGCCCUUCCACAUGGCUUGGAAUCAAUUUCUUUCAAGAAAACCGUCGCCUGUCUAAAGCUAUAGUAGAAGCGAUGCAGGACUCGCAUUUCGACCAAGAGCUACUCUUCGAUCUGAAGAAAGAAAAUCAAGUUUAUUUAAACCGAACGAUGUCCCUUGUUAUAAAAUAUAUUGUUAAAAGGGAAGUUGAUAAUUACCGGUCGCGUCGUACGGAUGCCAUCAGCCGCAGGGUGUACUCCUCGCUCGUCAUGAAGCUUAUUGACAUCGCCAAGGAUCUUCCUCGUAACACGAGCGCCGCCAGUCGUAUUGACACGGCCCAUCGAUACUACAUGUCUGUGGAGUCACGAGACAUGCACGACCAGAUGGCAGACGUGCAGGUCUUCCACGCUUGUGCCAGGCUCUAUGACGUCAUGUUCACUGCUCCCAUAAUCAUCGCUGAAUUGGGUGUUUUGGAAGACUUAACUCCUAGAAGCCUAUUGAAAAAACUCAGAGAAUUGGAAAUCAAGCCUGUUCACCUCGGUGUAGCGUUGCUCAUUCAGUACCACCUACGUAGCACCAUAAACUUCGCGAUACGCUCCAAUGCAUUAGAAGUUCUGUCUACCAAGCCUCAAAUGGUUGGACCUCAAGUCAUAGACAUGCUGAAGGCUAUAGCAGCAAGGUUACUCCCCGUGGCCGAACUAUUAGAUAUACACUUGGCACACUCCAGUCCAGCCUUCAAGGAUACUUGCCCUUCCACAUGGCUUGGAAUCGUUAAUAAUAAACAACCGUAA